UAGCUUACGUUUGUUUUGGUUUCAUAACUUUAUCAAUCAAAUAUUCACGAGUGUGAAUAUUUGAAAACCUCUCUUUCUCUUUCUCUCUCUCUUCUUUAUCUUUAUCUCAAGCUCAUUCUUCUUCUUGGUUACUACACCUCUCUCUCUCUCUUUUGUUUCAUCUUACUUCUUCUGACCUCGCGGCUCUGACCAGCUCUCAAGUUGUUUCGUAGCUGGUUAAUGGAUAUUGAACCCUCUUGGGAUCUUGGGGGGGUGGUUAUUUCUUUUUCUAAAUUGCAUGGCAACAUCAAAUGACCAAACCAAUACCAAAUCAUCACAUUCUCAUACUCUUCUCCUUCUCCUCAUCUUCUUAUCUCUCUUACUCUUUGCUAGCUUUACAAUCCCCGUGACCCGUCGACCUCAGUUCACAUCUACGGCUGCUCCCUUCAAGAGGGUUCUUCUUGAACCUUCAGUUUCCGCUUCAUCAACAAUGGAUCUACGUCCUAAGGCUCGCACACGACGCAGCCGUACUUCUAGAAGGAGAGAGUUUGGGAAUGAUGCUCAUGAGGUUCCUAGUGGUCCAAACCCUAUUUCCAACUAGGGGUGAGUGAGUUUGGUACAUCUGGUUUUACAGGUGAGCUUGGAAGAUAAGUUAUUAUAGAUCAAUAUUAUAUGUAUAUUGGUAAAGCUUCUGAUCGAUGGAGAUUAUAGAGAAGCUUACUUCUUAUGGAAUUUUUUUCUUUUUUUUUUUGGGGCUAUGAAUUAUCAUGGAUUUGGUAUAUAUAUCUUUGGAUCGAUCUAUUUUGGUA